CCCUGUCCUAUUAAUAUGGGUGAGAGCCGCUCAAUCGUCCCAGAGGUCACAACUCCUAACAGAAUGUUGCUGUGGAUCCUGCUCAGUGUGUGCUGCCUGGUUGCAGCUCAGCAACGCAGCUCCUCCUACUCUGGAGAAUAUGGUGGUGGAGGUGGCAGGAGGUUCUCCCAAUCUGGGAACCAGCUGAAUGGUCCAAUCACAGCUUUUCGGGUACGGGUGAACCGCAACUACGUUGUAGGGCUGCAGGCACGCUAUGGUACCAUCUGGAGCGACUAUAAAGGGGGCAAACUUGGAGAUUUAGAAGAAGUCUUCUUGCACCCAGGCGAGCACAUCAUCCAGGUCUCAGGCAAAUAUUCCUCUUACGUGCGCCAGCUGGUGUUUGUCACAAAUAAGGGUCGCUACCUCCGUUUUGGGAAAGACUAUGGGACCAGUUUCAAUGGGGUGCCUCUCUUCCCCAACACCGUCCUGCGGUUCUUCAGCGGGAGCUCCGGAUCCGUCAUUGAUGCCAUUGGCUUCCACUGGGACUACCCUAACAGCGGCUGCACUCACUGCAACUAGUGAUCUUGUGAAGCUCGCCCCCUACCAGCAGGACUUUGUAUCUCUUAUAUAAAUCAUUUUACAUUCACCAGCCCUUGUAUUAGCGCCCCCUGCUGUGCAACACACACAUUACACUGCAAUGAAACCCCUGAAAUUCCUUUCAGCCUCCAAGUAACUGGCCUCUAUUACCCUUAUCCUGAACCUAAAUGUUACUAACCCUAAAUGCUUGCAAUUAAAUCUUUAUUCCGA